CAAAUCGCUGCAAAAAUAAAAAAUUUAUGCAAAAGUAACAGGAAAUAAAAUUUCUACUCCAAAUCGCAGCUGUUCUCCUCUUCUUCCUCCGGGGUGGUGAUUGCCUCCUCCAAUCCUCCUCUUCCUCCACCUAAUUCCUCCACCGAAAUCACCAUUUUCCUGUAUCACCACCUCUAGUCGGCGGCGUCUCUUCCAUUGUAAUUUUUUUUAUUUGGGGGGACUUCCAACCACCUCACCUUCUCUGCCGCUGUUAUUCUCGGUGUUCACCACAGUGUAUUGUGAAAUCCUUCAGGAACUUUAAGGAUCCGUCAAUAGUAGACUUGGAAUAGACCUGUUAUUAUUGAAGCUAGGUGCUCGCCAUGACAAGUUCAGAUCCUGAAAAGCUGAUGGCCAAAGCUGACAAGAUGACUAAGCUAAGUUUUACUAGAUGGAACGCUGAUUGGAAGAAUGCAGCGGUUUUAUAUGAACAAGCUGGUAUUUCCCUCAGGGUUGGUAAACAUUACGAGAAAGCAAAGUUAGCUUUUGAGAAAGCAUCCAAGGGACAGGAGAUGCUCUCCUCACCUUGGGAUGCAGCUAGACAUAUGGAAUCUGCAGCUGCGAUGGCAAAGGAGAUAGGUAGCUGGAAUGAGGUUGCUGACUUUUAUAGAAGGGCUUCAGAGUUGUAUAUUGAAUGUGGAAGAUCACAGCCUGCAUCAGAUGCUGUUGCAAAAGGUGCCCGUGCAUUGGAAGAGUCUUUGCCCGAGGAAGCUGUCAAUUUAUACAUAAAUGCUUGUGAUAUUCUUGAAGAAGACGAAAAGGAGCAGAUGGCCUUUGACUUAUAUAGAGCUGCCGCCAGUGUUUAUAUAAAACUUGAGAAGUAUGAAGAUGCUGCGACAGUCUUACUUCGGUGGGGAUUAGCAGCUGAUAAGUGCAAUGCUAAAAAUAGCCAAUGCAAGGCUUAUCUUAGUGCCAUAAUUGUUUACCUCUACAUUCAUGACUUGAAACAAGCAGAGCAGUGUUACAAUGAUUGUUUACAAACUGAUGCUUUUAUGGGUAGUGAUCAAUUUCGUUCUGCUAGUAAACUUCUAUCUGCUUAUAGAGAAGGAGAUACUGAAGAAAUUAAACGUGUGGGGCAAUCUAGCAUCAUUUCGAAUUUGGACCAUGUGAUAAUCAGGCUUGCUAGGAAAUUGCCAACUGGGGAACUGAAUGCAUUUCAGGCUGGAGCUGCUAGGGAAGAAGAGGGAGAUGAACUUGAUGAAGAUAACCUUGUCUAGCUCCAAACCUACAUACAUUAUAACAUGAUAUGCAGGUAAGAUUCCGAGGUAUAUUUUGAGUGUAAUGGAAGUUACUUACCUUGUAAAAAGUUGUUGGAGGGAGGCUUGUUUGUUAAUGUUCCCUUGGAUUUGCUGAACAUCGUCUGGGAUAAUGAAUAGUUGAAUACUUUGUCUGUAUCUUAUAAUGUAUACUAAGUAAAUUCAAAAUGUUUGUUCUUGGUGAA